AUGAAACAUCACCUUUGUAAAAGAGGUUACAUCCUGAGCAUUACUUGCCCACCAACUACCACCUCAUUCAUUACUACAACAACAUCGGCACGAACAAACCUGGGAUCUUGCGCUGAACCCAUAAGAUCUAAAUAUGGUCUAGGUGGUUCUAGCAGACUAAUGAGAAAAGACUUGGAUGGUCCUAACACACAAAUGAAGAUUAUAACUUCAUAUUCCAUACCAACCAAAUGCCUGUAA